AGUCUCUCAUUUUUGACAACCCUUGGAUAACCCAUCCCAAGUGGAAAGAGAUUCAGUGCCGAUUGCCGAAAAUGUACAAAUUUACCAACCAUUUAACACACGCCAAUCUUGUUUUGGUGAGAAAACAAGUUGGCGAUGGGUCCUGCGCAGCUCUGGUUGUGAUGCGGGCGCCGCGCCGCCACGUACAGUCCGACAACUCAUGUCCCACACCAAAAGCACCGCCAAAGUCGAGAAAGCUCCUCUGGGGUACAAUCGGCGCUACAGUGCUCACUGGAGCUGCUGUUGUAUAUGCCAAAAGCACUCCUGAAGCUAGAAACUGGCUUGAAUCUAAUGUCCCUUGGGCUAACGACUUUGUGGCUCUCGUAUAUCAGGAGAAUACAACAUACUGGAAGUUCAGUGUAAAUCAAUUCAAUAAGAUAUCCUCAUCACUUGGUGGUUUUAUAUUUGGAAAGGAGGGUGUUGCACCACUAGAUGUCAAGCAAAGAACAAAACAAAACAUAGAAAAAGAUGCAUUACAAGAAUUCACCAAGAAGGAUUAUCAAUUGCCGCCACCGUCAUUUGAACCAUUGUAUCAUGAAGAGAAGAAAUUGGACACACCUGAUGUAGAAACCAAAGCCACUUUAAUCCAAACGGAGAAGAGUGAUCCCCAGUCACCACCACCUAUUAACAUCACAAAAGAUAUGGUGGAAUUAGAGCACGAUAUGCACGAAAAUACCAAAACGGCUAUUGAUAAUUACAAGAAAGCUACUAAGUUCUGUGCUGAAUACAAUAAGGCAUUAUUUAAGAUCGUCGAGUCCUCAUUGGAAGAUUUAGAUAAGAAACAUUAUACCACACUCCAAAGCGCGCAGGGUGAGAGGGACACAGUCUUCAAGAAAGCGAAGGACGCGUCAGCGAAGGCUAAAUGUGCAAUAGAUACCCUCGACCGCCUGAUCAAAGCUGGUGUCCAAGCGCCUCCAGAGAGCGUAACUGCCACACUGAGGUAUAUCAAGCAGUUCCGCGCAGAUCUCACUCAAGCGGAGACCGCGUACAAGCAGGAGCGAGAGAAGUCAGUCCUCAGCGACAAGUACUGGAAUAAGGUGGAGGCAGCUCGGCACACCUACAAAGAAGAGUUGCAGUUACUCUUCCCCGGCAUCGAUAUCACGGCACGCAAGCUAGAACUCAAGGGUGACACGGAUCUGUUGCUUCUCUACACACUGAAGCAGAUUCAAUUUCUCCAAAAUGAGUUAGCUGAAAUCCAAACAGUAAGAGACCUUAAAAUCAGCAGAGCCAUUGAAUGUCACGAUCAGAAAGAGAUAAUUGAAGCAAAAGUCGACGAUAUCAUUAGACAAGAAAGAUUACAAAAUGAAAAGGAAUUUCAGAAAAGGAGCCUGGAGAUCCAAGCGGAUGCUAAUAGAAAAUUAAAGGAGCAGCUCAAAAAACAAUUUGAAAUCCAACAGGAAGUUUUACAGGAUAAGCUCGCGAAGAAAGAAAAAGAGGUCCUGGGCAAAUUCAACCGCACCGUGUCCGAACAAGUGGAGAAGGAACGUGUCGUGUUCAAGAGAGAACUGGCCUCAAUGGCCGGCAAGUUGAAGGCCAUUGAACAGACACUCAAGCAGCGUGCAAAAGCGGAAGCGGAGGCGCGGCGAUCGCAAUCAUUAUGGGCGGCGGGCGAAGCACUACUUGCUGCCACUCGUCGCCUGCAGCCCGAUACGACCAUAGACAAUGAGUUGAAGGCGCUAGAGAAAGCGGGUAAAGAUGAUAAGUUGGUGCAGACUGUACUUAAGGGUAUACCACAAGAGGUGAGGGAGAACGGAAUCGCUACGGAGAAGGCACUUCGUGAAAGGUUCGACAAGAUGGAAAAGGCCGCAGUUAAAGUUGCCCUUAUUGGACGGGAGGGUGCAAGCUUACCUGUGUACUUCCUUUCGUGGUUACAGUCCAAACUGUUGUUCCAUAAGUUCGCUGAAAUACCGAAAGAUGAGUUGGAGAACCAGCCCACAGAUUUCACCAGUUUAGAUACAUUUGACAUCAUUCAAAGGGCGAGGUAUCACAUGGACCAGGGUAACCUGGGCGCGGCGCUGCGGUACGUGAACCUGCUGCAGGGCGGGCCGCGCGCCGCCGCCCGGGCGUGGGCCUCCGCCGCGCGCACCCACCUCGAGGUGCGGCAGGCGGCCGAGGCCGUCAUGGCGCACGCCUCCGUCGCCGGCCUACUCUACCUGUAGUUCAACGUUCGAUGCUCGCCCUCCGCUAGUCCACUACGCGAUGGUCACCAGUCUGAAGUCGCAAGUGAUCG